GGUGGGGGGGUGGGUAGCAGCUUCUCUCUGGUCCCCUGGCUCUCGGAGAAUGGGGCGGGGCGGAGCGAAACCCUGCCCAGCGAGGGAGGAACCAAGGCAGACCACGCCCCCACAACCAUUGUGUCGGGGGAGUUAGCGGGCGACCGUCCCAGUGUAAGCCAAUCAGAGCUCGGUAUGCAAAUUAGUGAGCUGGGCGGCCGCCUGGAGACUCGAAGCGGUCCGCGCCGCUGCCCUCCCUCCGGCGGGCGCACGGGGCGCAGGACCGCGCGCGGCAGAGCCGGGGUCUCAGUGCUGUGGAUCGCAAAGAGAGGAAGCCGGCAGGGGGCCUGGCCACCCGCACCAUGGCCAGCUUCCGCUACCACUCGGGAUACUUGGCCGACGAUGAGGCCGGCCACAGUCCCUAUGUGGCCCGGGUGCAGUCUCUCAAGAAACCCCCAUUGCCACAAAUGGGGUCGGCCCGUGUGCCACCCCCGCGGUUCACGCAGGGCACCUCAGCGCAGCCAGGUCCCCACCGAGACACCAAGGGCCCCCAGUCCUUCGGCAGCUUCCUGGAUUUCCUGACCGAGGGUCAGGUGCUCGAGAGCCUGCAGACGGUGGUAGAGGAGGCCACGGAGCGCAUGGCCACCAUGAAGACGGGGGCUGGCGUGCCGCUGGUGGAGGUGCGAGAUCCAGUGGUGGAGCCUGCCAGCGGAGGGCGGCGGCCCCGGGCCCGGCCCACCUGGAGCACGGUCUGCCGGAACCGCGCUCAGCCCAGCCUGUGUGUUGGCCGCCCCAACAACUAUCCAUCCCGCUCCAGCUCCGUGUCGGACUCCCGCAGCAGCCUCACUGCUGGCUGGCUGGGGUCCCAUGGCCAGGGCAGUGACCUGGGGGCCCGAGGCUCAGGCUCCCUGCCCCCUCUGAAAGACAGGCUUUUGCUGGAGCAGAGCCUCAAGCGGUUACUGAAACUGGAGAGGAAAGGGAAAAGCAGGAGUCAGCCCUCCCGGAAGGACUCCCUGCGGUGGGAUUCCCUGGGCAGCCAGACCACCAGCCAGUGGUCCCCGGAGCAGCCCCUGUCCUGGUUCUCAGACCUGCUGAGUUCCAGCACGGGCACCCCGGAAGCAUCAGGGCAGACGCCCAGUGAGGAGGAGCUGAGCUUCCUCAAGCAGGAGUUCGACAAAAAGCUCAUGGCGCUACUGAGCCAGCCGGCGGCCCUCGACCUGCCUGGCUACUGCUCGCUGCGCCAGCCCCACUGCACCCUGGACUUUCUGGCUCAGCAUCACCUGUUCCCCGCGCUGCAGAGCGUGGUCAGCCAAGCUGUGGACAAGCUCAGCGGUGCCCGGCGGCACGACGGCUGCCCACUCUUCCCCGCCAACGCGGAGGCCUCAUCAGAGCUGCCCCUCCACUACAAUCUGCUGCCCCCAGGCUCCCAGCUGGCCUCGCCCACCGACAAGGAGGAGGCAGCAUCCCCCAACACCACCACCUCCAUCCCCAGGACGGAGCGCAGGAAAAGCAAGGGCACACGGGGCUCCCCCUCCAUGACUAGUGCCACCAGAUUCAAGCUCAAGCAGAGCUCCAACAGCAAGUUCUCGAAUAAGAAGCCACUGCCCUCCAUCUCGCCCACGUCCAGCGUGUCCCAGCUCUCCGACCCCGGGUACAAGGAGAUCUCCAGCUUCCUGGUCGAGCGCGCUGUCUCCCUGCUCAUCUGCAAGUACAAAUUCGAGCACAGCCUCGCCAAGACACUCGGCUUCCUCUCCAGGCCCGUCACCGAGACGCUCAUGGACCUGAGGCUGGGCUUUAAGACGGUGAAGGGUUCUCACAUCCGGCUGUCCUCCCAGAUGGACUGGAGCUGCUUGCUGCACAAGUUGGAGGGAGCCAAGCGGAGGAAGCCGGCGACCCAGCUCGCCGCACAGCACGGUGGCCUGGCCCAUGCCGGGCAACCGGAGCCGAGCACCACCCUCGGCUGGGAACAGGCCGCCGAACCCUUCUUCUCUUCUGACACGGAGCUGCUAGGCAGCCAGCUGGACAGCCCCCGGGAGUCUACAUCAGAAGAUGGACAGACACCCACGAGUCUGUUGGAGCCCAAGCUGUCCAUGUCCUCUGGCACCGGCAUGGGCGCCAGUCCCCCCAAGUCCAAGAAAAGAUUGGAUGGAGAGUACAGUGAGGACCGCGACGGUACUGGUGACGAUGAGGGGGAGGAAGAUGAGAGCCCCCCGUCGGAGGCCUUCAUCAGCCACUAUGUCAACCUGAACCCCAUGGAUCCCCUGUGAGCUGGGGGAUCAUCCCCCAGGGAACAUCCCCUAGACGUUUGCUCUGAGCACUCCUCUUCCUGCUCCUCCGCCAGCACCCCCAGAGUGGCUGCCGCCCAGCCAGCCCUCGCCCUGAGCGCACCGUCAGCUCUGCUGAGACUCUCAAAGCAAGGAAGAGAGAAACAGACAUAAAUCGUAUGUUGAUGA